UCCGGUAUUUUUACGGCAGCCAGGUUUCCUUCCACAAACAGAGAGAUGUCAACUGGCUAAGACAUGACAUGUACACUUUACAACAUGAUACAGCAAACAAACAACGGGGAUAUACACUCUUGCAGACACACAUAAGUACGUGAGGCAAAUAUUGCUUCGACGCGAUAAAGUAAAUCUUGAAGAGUGAACGCGAACUGGGUGAGCAGAAAUGUGUUGACUGGUCAGCUGACUAGCCUGAUAACACCAACUGGAAUUAAUGCAAACUCUCUGUUGACAGAAGUGGCUCGUUUGACAAAUGUCUGGAGUUAAUUUUGCAUGUAUUUUAGCGGAAAAUAACUGCAAGACCAAGUUCUUGAAAAAUAUGUGUGCUUUAGCGUUUUCCUCCUCAAGUUAAGUUUGAUAGCUACUAAGUAUGCCUGCCAAAGCUGUUUGCCACUCCCAGCUUUUAUUGUUGUCAGGAAGUCACUGAUGCCCUAUAUAGCAUAUAUAUCUCCCAGCCUCAACUGAAGACAAAAGCAGUAGUUUAUGUUUAAACCGUCAAAGAGCAUUUGGAGCAAAAGGCACAUCAUGUGGCUUCAGCAGAGGUUAAAGGGGCUGCCUGGUUUGCUUUCGAGCAGCUGGGCCCGCCGUGUUUUGGUUGGAUUACUGCUCUUCCUCAUCUUCUACUGGUAUUUGAGUUCAGAUGGGCUCCUGAAGUUUCUAAACAUGUCUAGGGAGCCUGGGGGAGCUGCGGGGGUGUGUUUGCAGACUGAUCUUCACAGGUGGGUUUCGCUUGUUGACAGAGGGGAGGGAGUGGUUCUUAACCCCCAAACCAAAGAAUCAGUACCAGUUGUGGUCGGUAAUGGACAUUUUCUGGUGGAUGUGGACUCUAACAAACUCUGGGUAGCUUCAUCUUCACAGCCUGGGUCCGCACCGGUUCACCAAACAGACUACAGCCCGAUAGUGCGGUUGCAGGUGCCAGGAACGCUCUCUGAAGCUCGGGGACUGAUGCUGUGGUACAGAAAAGGCUCUGUGCUGUCCUCUCGGUGCUUCCUGACAACUAAUUCUCAGUCUUCUCAUGACUGUAUAGUCUUACGCGAGGAAUUUGUUGCGCAUCGCAGCCGACCCAAUGUUUAUAUUCAGAGGAUUCACGUGUCAAACCCUACAGACCAUGUGGUUUCGAUUGACGUGGUCAUGGAGACUCUUUCAUUUAGGAGCACCAUCGAGAAGAUGGAGGACAAAGAAUUCAUACUGUCCUCGGGUAGGGUGCUCACGGAAAAGAAGGACACUGUGUUAGUGGUGGUGGCCACAAAGAGACUGGGCACCAAGAUCCAGGUUCCUCCAAAAUCUGAAUACUCAGAAAACCUGGUGAGUGUGAUUCACACGUCAGAGCCCACCGAGAGUGGGAAACUGGACGAGACUCUCAGCAAACUCAGAGAAGGAGUCAAAAGAGAGAUGGUAGAUGUCCUCCGAGCUAAUGUGGAAGAAUUAAUGCAGGAUCACCAGCAAGCAUGGGUGGAUCUCUUCAUAUCUGGUGUGGAAAUCAGAAAGAUCACAGAUGCCCAUACUCCAUCUAGUCGUACAGUCAACAACACCCUAUACUACAUUCUGUCCACCUCCACAGCACCCCUGCUAGAUCAGAGUCUCACAGCAGAAGAGCAUGAACGACUGGAGUCCAGUCUGAAUUACGCUGACCACUGCUUCAGCGGCCACGCCACCAUGCAUGCCGAGAACCUGUGGCCAGAGCGUCUGACCAACGUAGCUCAGAUCCUGCAGCUUGUGAAUCUCUGGAAUUUGACUUUCCAAAAAAGAGGAUGCAAGGUACUUGUUGCAGCCGGCACUCAUGGUAUGAUGCAAGGCAUGGUCCUCAGUUUUGGAGGUCUGCAGUUCACCGAGAACCACCUUCAGUUCCAGGCAGACCCCGAUGUCCUUCACAACAGCUACUCUUUGAGGGGCAUCCAUUAUAAUAAAGACCUCAUCAACCUGGCCGUAUUGCAGGACGUCGAAGGCAAACCCUUCCUGCAUGUGUCCGUCAAGCCUCAGGAGAAACCUGUGAAGCUGUACGCCUGCGAGGCCGGCUGCAUGAACGAGCCUGUGGAGCUGACCUCAGAGCUGCGAGGUCACACGUUUCCUGUGAUGGUCACCCAACCCAUCACGCCUCUACUGUACAUCUCCACCGAUCUCACUCACCUGCAAGACCUGAGGCACACGAUGCACGUCAAGGCCAUCUUGGCUCACGAGGACCACAUGGCUAAACAGUACCCUGGCCUGCCCUUCCUCUUCUGGUUCAGUGUGGCAUCUCUCAUCACGCUUUUCCACCUCUUCCUCUUCAAACUCAUCUACAAUGAGUACUGUGGGCCUGGAGCCAAGCCACUCUUCAGGAGUAAGGAUGAUGUUACUGUCUGAAGCCUAAUCCAGUGUGCAGAAACAUUAAAUAUGGCUCUAUCUCUGGAUGUCCUCUCAGGAUGUAGCAGUGUAUAUAAGAUAAAGAUAUGUUUUUCCAUUUUUCUGUGUGAAUUUAAUAAUGAUCAUUAGCGGGUUUUUUUUUUUUUUGAGAAUUAUACAAGUUGUUAUGGUUAAAGUAUGACGACUAUUUAGAGGUGCUAAGUCAUAAUGAUAAAUUAUAAUCAAUUAUGAAGGAUCCAAACAAGCCUUGUAUUAAUUCUUUUAACUUACAAGCACAAUAAUAAAACCUUAAUGGAAAACUAAAACAAAUAUGCAACUCCUAAGCGUGCGUUCAAAUCUGCAUUGAUUUUAUGUGAAUUCAGCUCAAAUAUAUAUUUUUUAAUUGUGACAAAAAGGAAGCAGCAACAGCAUCCAUUAUUUAUUUCAUCCCUAAUAUGACGUGAAACAGGUUUAUAUCCAGAAAUAAAAUGAUUGUUGAUUGGA